UAGCUCUUGCUUGAGCCAGUCGGUGUUGGUGUUUUCUCACUGUCGUACCGUACAGGCAAGAAGGUGUGCUGCUGUUCGUCUUUCAGCGUUGACAAAAUACCCUCCUCAAUAAUUAACAUUCACAAAACACUAGUCGGUGGCAUUUCGUAGGAUUCAGCCGCGAUAGAUAGGCAACCUGUGUGUCACCCCAACAGAGUCUUUAUUCAAAUACAAAUCCUCGAUUUUUUUUUCGCCACUGGGUUUGAGUAAUUUCCGAGUGUAAUAAGUCGACUGUCAGCUGCACAGAUGGGAACCACUGACGGGUGAAGUUUCUUGCUUGUGAUGUCGCAGCAAAGCCGCAGGCAACUUGUGUUUUGGCCGCGUGUCGGAGGCCGCCAAAUGUCUUUCUGGGAUGGUUCGCACCUCAGUCUUGCGGACGACUCACCCUCACGCACGCCCGCAGAUGAGGGAAGUGACCCCGAGAGCGAAUCCCAGUUCUACGACACAAUCGACAAGUUCCACACAAUGCCGGAGAAGUUGUUCAAAGUGAUCAUUAUUGGAGACCCGACAGUAGGAAAGACAUCCUUCGUACAACGCUAUGUUCAGGAUACAUUCAAGAGGGAUUAUAAAGGCACCGUCGGAGUUGAUUUCGCGCUCAAAAUACUUCACUGGCCCGACACGCAAACUAUUAAGCUGCAGCUGUGGGACAUCGCAGGACAGGAGAGGUUCACAUGGAUGACUCGAGUGUAUUACAAGGAUGCGCACGGCUGUGUGAUAAUGUUCGAUUUGAGCAACAAAAACUCGUUCCUUAACUCUUUAAAAUGGAAGAAGGAUGUCGACUCAAAAUGCACACUUCCUGACGGCAGUCCCAUACCUUGUAUGUUACUGGCAAAUAAGUGCGAUUUGCCAAACCGGCAAGUGGAUCAAAUGGAAAUCGAAUCAUUUUACAAGGAAAAUAAUUUCAUUGGGUGGACCGAGACUUCGGCAAAAGAGGGUCUGAUGGUGCAUGAUUCGAUGAGAUUCCUCGUGGAUGUUAUGAUGCGGCAAGAUGGGGGAAAUGGGCUAGAAAACUACUCUGGAAGUUUAACUUUAAAGAAUUCCGCUCAUCCGCAAAAAAAGAGUUGUCCUUGUUGAUAUUGAUAUAGUGAAGAUAUUUUGUUUUCAACUUCAUAUAAGUCACUCUCAUUCCUGUAUAAGAGUAUAAAACAAAUCCAUAAUUCAUCUUAAUAAAUAAUAUUAGGUUUUUCGCCGCACGAAAAAUGUAUUUAAUUUCUUAGCCGUUUUUG